CUGGAAUUAUCGCUUCGCUGGACGACCCCCCGUCUCUAUCAUUCUCGGGCAAGCUUCCCGUCAUGCCAUAUCAGAUGAAAACAUAAUAAAGCAUUGACGAAACCUGUUCAUUUUACAUCUCACAUAAGCAAAGUGCAGGGAUAUUUUUCAUGGUUUUCUGCGAGAAUUUCGUCGACUUGAAAGCUUAGAGUGCUAGUCAAAGGUAACAUCGAGUUAUUUGUAGAGUAUAUGGCUUAGUGCAAGCCAACGUACAAUGGCUGAUGAGGUCCUGGAUGAGAAGCAGGCAGUUUCACCAUCGUAUCAAAAUAAUGAUCAUUAUGUGAAAGCCUUUCAUACCAUGAACAAUUUGCGUCAACAUAACAUAUUAUGUGAUGUCAUUAUACAGACUGGUUCUGCUCAAUUUCCUGCUCACAAGGUUGUGCUAGCAUCUUGUAGUGCGUAUUUUUAUGCCAUGUUUACUGGCGAACUCUCAGAAAGCAAACAGGUGAACGUAACAAUAAAAGAUGUUGAUCCCGUUGCCUUGGAGAUGCUUCUUGAGUUUGCUUACACUGCAGAGAUUCAAGUGACAGAAGAAAAUGUUCAGGUCUUGCUUCCUGUGGCAAGUCUCCUUCAGAUGACCGAGGUCAGAGUUGCUUGCUCGGAUUUUCUCAAAAAACAGUUGGACCCCUCCAAUUGUCUGGGAAUUCGACGUUUUGCGGACGUUCAUGGCUGCAUGGACUUACUGGCUGGUGCUCACACUUAUACGGAACAACAUUUCUCCGAGAUCGUUCAUGGCGAGGAGUUUUUGAAUCUACCUGCUAUGCAGAUCUGUGAGCUCAUCUCGAGUGACCAGUUGACUGUACCUUCCGAGGAAAAGGUGUUUGAAGCGGUCGUGUCAUGGGUGGAACAUAACUGCGAAGAAAGACAAGAAUACUUCGCUCAGUUGAUGGAGCAUGUUCGCCUGCCGUUGCUAUCACGCGAGUAUCUAGUCGAGCGAGUGGAGAGCGAGUCUUUGAUCAAGCGAAACUUUGCUUGCAAAGACUUCCUGAUCGAGGCAAUGAAGUACCAUUUGCUGACGAGCGAGCAGCGUUCCGUCCUGCAGACGCCAAGGACACGACCAAGAACACCCGUGGGUUUACCGAAAGUGAUGUAUGUCGUUGGUGGACAGGCACCGAAAGCAAUUCGCAGUGUGGAAUGUUACGAUUUCAAGACUGAGCAGUGGCACCAGGUGGCCGAAAUGAACAGUCGCCGAUGCAGGGCAGGAGUGGCCGUCAUGAACGGUUGUAUAUACGCUGUUGGUGGUUUUAAUGGAUCGUUAAGGAUAAGAACGGUUGAUUGUUACGAUCCAUCGUGCAACCAAUGGCAUACUGUAGCAUCCAUGGAAGCUAGACGGAGUACACUUGGGGCUGCGGUCUUGAAUGGCUUGCUUUACGCUAUUGGUGGUUUUGACGGUACCACUGGCUUGAACACGUGCGAGGUGUACGAUCCCAAGUUGAACGAAUGGCGUUUUAUUGCACCAAUGGCAAGUCGUCGUAGCAGUGUCGGUGUGGGUGUAUUGGGGGGUCUUCUCUACGCCGUGGGAGGAUAUGAUGGUGCAUCCAGGCAUUGUCUCAGCUCAGUGGAAUGCUACAAUCCCGUCAAAAAAGAAUGGAAUCUCGUAUGCGACAUGAGUGCGCGAAGAAGUGGUGCGGGGGUUGGGGUGGCUGAUGGUUUGCUGUAUGCUAUCGGUGGUCACGAUGGUCCUCACGUCCGUAAGUCGGUGGAAUGUUACAAUCCAGAAUCGAACCAAUGGUGCCCUGUAGCUGAUAUGAGUAUGUGCAGGCGAAACGCGGGUGUGGCUUCUGUGAAUGGGCUGCUAUUUGUGGUCGGUGGCGACGAUGGUUCGGCUAACCUUGCAUCGGUCGAGGUGUACAACCCUAGGACAAAUCAAUGGGGUUUGCUAUCUUCGUGUAUGGGAAUUGGCCGUAGUUACAGUGGCGUUUGUGUUAUUGACAAAAAGGUGAGAGAUGUCGGACACUUGUCAUCAGGUACGUGUAUAUUUGGUAGUGAAGAUUCCCAUGAUACAUGGAGGGGUAAACGAUGACAGUAUGCCGUACAAUUGUUGGGACAUAACUGCCUCGCACAUUGUGGGAGGUAAAUUUGUUGAGCGAGUUGAUACUGUUUUUGAACCAACUGAAAAACAUAAAGAUUAGCGUUGACGUUAAUCUAGAACAAUGCGACAUCGAGACGACUGGCAAACUCGACAUGCUUCCACUCUUUUAGCGUUCAUUGAGAUAAGUAAUUGAAGACUGCGCAUGUUGUGCAAAAAUUUUUUGCGAAGGCAAACUAAAGAGAGACUGCACAAUUUAUACAGGACUCUUGUGUACAUAUAAGAUUACGUUGUAUAUUAGAUAUAUUAAUAUAAUAAAAGCGAUCGAUUCUAAGCCUGAUAA